CGGGCUCACCAGUAACGGUGCGGCUACCAAGCCGAGCAGGAUCGAAACAGUGACUCGCGAAGUGCGCGCGCGAACCCACCACCCGCAGAACCGUGGUGACACGUGGACCAUCGAGUCUGGUUUGAGUCUAUUUUUUCGCCUCCGUCCUCCAAUACGGAACGGUCGAAUCGGAACGCGGACACGGUCUAUUAAGCUUCUGGUGAAACAUUCAAAUUAGUGGUUUCGUGCUGGCCCCUUUUAAACCGGGAGCCUUCGCCCGUAAUUAUCGUAAGCCGCGCUUCUUCGAGAUCAAGGCUUUAUCAAGGGUGGUGCAAUGAAGCUCGAAUGCAUCGGAUCCGCCAUUGCGUAACGGAUGAAACAGUGUGUCCCCCCCGACAAAAAAAAAGUGCACACACACACACACAAAUCCCAUAUUUUUCCUUCCUCCGUGCUCAUCUCAGCCCAAGCAGCACGUGAAGGCGGCUCAAUCACUGUCCGUCGCGUCCACCAAAACGUGCACCAGGUGCAGCAACGUUGGCUGGUGACCACAGACGUGCAACAAGUCCGUCAAAUCGAAAAUGCAUUUCCGAACAGUGUCGUACAUCAUCGGUUGCGUAUUUGCAUUUACCGCCCUCUGUCCGCGUGCCGAAUGUGGCAAAAUACUGUUCCUUGUGCCGUUUCCAGCGCCAUCCCACUGGCUGUGGAUAGAACAUUUCGUAAAGGAGCUGCUCUCCCGAGGGCACGAAGUGACGGCCAUCACUAACUUCGCUUUCAAGGAACCCCAUCGGAACUACACCGAAGUACUGAUCGAUCCACCCUAUGACAUACCGUACUACUUUCCCGUGUCGGACAUCUACGAGUCAAAGUACAACAGUGAUCUGAACAAUCUCUUCCUCUACUGGCGGGUGGGCCUAUCGACGACACAGUACGCGCUGGAGAACGAGAACGUGCAGCAGUUCAUCGAGCACGAUGAUACCGACUUCGAUGUGAUCAUAUCGGAGCAGUUCUAUCAGGAGGCGUUCCUGAUGUUUGCCCACAAGUAUCGGGCACCGAUCGUGACGCUGUGCACACUGGGUCACGCGAAUCAUAUCGAUCAGGCGAUGGGACUCGUCACACCGUGGUCAUUUGUACCGCACCCGGUACUACUGCUGUCCGACGAUAUGACCUUCUACCAGCGCUGCUACAACUUUUUGAUCUCACUAGCCGAUCUGGUGAUACGACAGUUGUAUUACAUCCCCCAGCAGAACAAGCUGGCCCAGGCACACUUUGCCCGGAUCGAGGGUCCCGAGCUGAUGCCUUCGAUCCGCGAUCUGGAGAAAUCCAUCUCCGUCAUACUGGUCAACAGUCAUCUGUCGACGUCCCCACCGCGGCCCACCAUUCCGGGCCUGGUAAAUGUGGCCGGUGCCCACAUCAAGCCCGCCAAAGAGCUCCCCGAGGACAUCAGGAAGUUCCUGGACGGUGCGAAGGAGGGCGUAAUCUUUUUCAGCCUCGGCUCCUACAUGAAGAGUGCCGACAUGCCGAAGGACAAAAUGAAAGCCUUCCUGGAGGUGUUCCGCAAUCUCAAGCAGCGGGUGCUGUGGAAGUACGAGAACGAAGACAUUGCCCGGUUGCCGAAAAACGUGAUGGUGCGCAAGUGGUUGCCGCAGAGCGAUAUACUCGCCCACCCGAAGGUGGUACUGUUCAUAACGCACGGUGGAAUGUUUGGCAGCCAGGAAGGCAUCUACCGCGGUGUCCCCAUGCUCUACAUACCGUUCUACGGUGAUCAGCACCGUAACGCGCUAAAGGCGGAACAGGCCGGCUAUGCGCUUACGCUCAACUUCCCGGAGGUGAACGUGAUAACGCUCGGUUCCCGUAUCAACGAGCUGCUCACCAAUCCAACGUUCAUGAAGCAGGCGAAGCGAGCGUCGGAACUGUUCCGCGACAAUGUUGUGCCACCGAUGCAGGAAGCAAUGCACUGGAUCGAGUACGUUAUGCGGCACAAGGGUGCCAAGCACCUGAAAACCAAAGCCAUCGAGCUGUCCUGGACGCAGUACCUGAUGCUGGAUGUGAUCGGGCUGUUUACCGUCGGAUUCCUACUGGUGGCGGCGAUAUUUUACAAAGUGAUCGGCCUGUUCCUAACACCACCGAAGCCGAAAUCCAAACCAAAGACGCGAGACGCGAUGCUCGGGCUGAGAAAACCAAAGUUUAACCCGUGGAGGAUGGUCGCAAUAAUGGCGCAGUCGUCAGUAGUACUGCUCUGGAAGAUAAUCGUGUUGGCGCUGAUUGUUGGGCGAGCCUGCGGAGUCCUGUUGUCAAUCAACUCCAAAUUAGCGGAAGACAUGGCCACGGCGUUUCUGCCCAACGAGCGUGAAUCUAUUGAUGGUCCGGAACCGUUGCCUGCCUUCGGGAGGCCAGCAUACUUGCGCGAGUUCGCACACAUGGCCGCCGUCGGCUGGACGCGGGACGGUGGCAAAGUCGACUGGAGCUGUGGUGGAUCGCUGAUCUGGGAAAAUUAUGUGCUAACGGCGGCCCACUGCGCAGCAGACGAUAAUACGGUCGAACCCGAUGUGGUUCGCCUUGGUGAUAUUAAUCUGUACGACGAUUCCGAUGACGAGUACGCGCAGCAGCUUAAGAUUGUCGAAAUUAUACGUCAUCCGGAGCAUCGAUUCAGCUCGCGGUAUCAUGAUCUGGCGCUGUUACGACUGGAGAGGAACGUGAAACUGCACGACACAGUGGCUCCGGGAUGUCUGUGGAACGACGAGGAGAUACCGUUCCCAUCGAUGGAAGCAACCGGCUGGGGCUCAACAGGGUUCGGUCAAGCGAACACUCCCAUACUGCUGAAGGUAUCGCUGAGCGUCGUGCAGAAGGCGGCGUGCGACCAGCACUAUCGGAUAGGUGAUCGUGGGCUGAAGCAGGGCCUGCAGGACUAUCAUCUGUGUGCGGGUGACAUUAAGAUGGACACCUGUCCGGGAGAUUCCGGUGGACCACUGCAGAUAAAGUUGCUUUCCAACGCAAAGAUGACACCGUUCAUCGUGGCGGUUACCUCCUUCGGUAGCAUCUGCGGACAAUCGUUACCGGGCGUGUACAUGAAGGUGUCACCGUACAUACCCUGGAUACGGUCGGAGCUGGCGAAACGAGGCGAGCAGAUACAGGAAUGGAGCUUCAAGCCUUAUGCCUGUGCCUUAAGAUAUGUACAUCUGCGCGAGUACGAGGAUGACGUCGUGCAGUCGAAAUCGGAAAGUUUUGAGUCGCUAGAUUCCAGUAAGGCCCACAUGAACAUCAUCUCCUCGGUACAGACGGUCAAAAUCCAUUGGCCAGCGGGUACGAAGGGUCCGGACGACUGUUACGGUGUUAUCAUCGACGAGGAUACCGUUGUAACGCUUGCCCAGUGUGCCGUUUUUCAAAGGAUGACUGCGUCACAUAUAAUCGAUUCGAACAAUACGCGCAACAGCGUGGUAAAAGCGCACCGCCAUCCCCAGUACAGGCCGAACUCGUACUACAACAAUUUGGCCAUUCUAAAGGUGAAGGAUAGGUUCCGGUUUUCAUCCCGGUUCGUUCCUGCCUGCAUAUGGAGCAACAGAACACUUCCCGAUCCUCGAUUCUACGUUACCGGGCAGGGUCGGCUGGAUUUGAACCAGUUUAGCUACGCAACUGAAAUGCUCAAGGAGUACAAACCACAGAUCGUGCAGCUAUCGCCGCGGGCCGACAUUCACCUGCAGUCGAACUGUAGCGUCCCGGAGGAAUAUCUCUCGCGGCUCGGGAACGGUCUCGCACCGGAACAUCUGUGCUUCGGUAGCAAACCGUUCCUGGUGCCGGAAUCCUGCCAGCUGCUGCUCGGUGCACCGCUCAGGCGCAACAUUUGGCGCUAUGGACUGCACUUUGAGCACAUCUACGCGCUCAAUCUGUUCGGCAAGGAUUGUGGCUUUGGCCGUUCGGCUGUAGCGACCCGACUGGGAUUGCAUCUCGAGUGGAUGAAGUCGGUGCUGCUGCCCAACUAUAAAGCGUCCGACGAUGCGGUACAUUUCAUAAACUCAGAUCUGCACGAACGUGACCGGUGUACGGCUCCGGACGGGAGCGACGGACUCUGCACGAAUAUCCAGCGCUGUCCGAAGGUGGCGUACGAUGCUCAGGUAAACCGGAACGUGCGGCUUUGUAAGGAUGGCUCGCUGGUGUGUUGUCCGUAUGAGUACAUCAGCAACGGUACGCGUGUCAGUGCAGCCGCUGCGGAGCUGGAUGACUGCGAGACCCGCUACCGGAUGUUCCACGAGCAGUUUGAAUACUGGCAAAUGAAUAGAAUCGAUCGUUACUAUCACUCGGUUUUCAUCGGAUGGGAGCAGAAUGGACAAACCGAGUGGGAAUGCUCCGGAACCCUCAUUACGCGCAGCUUGGUGGUUGCGUCCGCGUACUGUCUGACGGGUUCAGGAGCUCCGCCGACGGUUGUCAACGUUGGUGCGGGUAAUAUGAACGCCACCUGGUACAAUCCGAAGGUCGUCCGCAUCCGGGAAGUGAUCGUCCAUCCCAACUACGACUCUACAACGCUACUGCACGACAUUGGACUGUUGCGAUUGGACGGGGCCAUUGUUCCGACGGCUCGCAAGUAUCCGAUCUGCCUGUGGCAAAACGAAACCCACACACCGUUCUUCCUCUACAGUAUGGCUAUAGCCAACGAUGAAGCCCAGUUCAUAUCGAGCUAUCCGAAGUACAACCGCGACUGUCAGGAGUAUCUGGGCGAGCAGGGACCGCGCCAAUUGCGUUCGACCGAGCUGUGCACGGACGUUAUGGAGUACGAUCCACGCGCGCUGAGCGGAGAUCCACUGAUCUGGUACAAGCGUAACACGGCCGAUAACUCCUCGACGCAGUAUUUGGUCGGGAUAUUGACUCUCACCAGCUUGAAGUUCAAUUUUAGUGAUAAGAUAGGAGGCGGUCAUCCCGGCUCGAGCUUGCCACUCCAAAAUCUGGCUACAUUGGCUAGUCUCACCGGUGAUCUCAUUCCCGUCGCACCUAUUCAUCGUCCCAAAAUGUGGCUAAAGACCACUUGUACUACCGGCUGGGUGUUGCUGCUUCUGGCCGUGGCCACCGGUUCGCUACCGAGCGCGGAUGCGGCUGGAUACAGGAUACUGUUUCUCGUCCCCUUUCCCGGACCGAGCCACUGGUUAAUGUUGAAGCACUUCAUUCGCGAGCUUACCGACCGGCAGCAUCAGGUAACGUGCAUCACAGCCUUCCCGUUCGGUGAGCCGCUCCAGAACUACGAGGAAAUCCUGAUCGAUCCACCGUACCCGAUGCGGAAAACGUUUCCGGUGGAGGGACUGUUCGCUUCGAGCCAAACGUCCGAUUUCGACAAGCUGGCCAUGUACUGGGAGAUGGGCAUCAACACUAGCCGGCACGGGCUAGCGACGGACAGUGUGCGCCAGUUCAUCCGCCGUACCGAUCUCGAGUUCGACCUGAUCGUGUCGGAACAGUUCUUCCAGGAAAGUUGGCUGAUGUUCGCCCACAAGUAUCAGGCCCCGAUCGUGACCAUCAGCACGUACGGAUAUUCGGACUUUUUCGAUCAGAUUAUGGGCCUCCGGACGCCGUGGUCCUUUGUGCCGCACAUGAUACUGUCGUACGAGGACGACAUGAGCUACCGGCAGCGAACGUACAACAUCUUCAUUUCGCUGUGUGACACGGUUUAUCGCAGGUUCGUCUACCUUCCGAAGCAGGAUGAGCUGGCACGGGAAGCGUUUGGUGGGGUAAUGCCGGUGAACGAUCUGCCAAGCGUACGCGACCUGGAACAAUCGAUUUCCGUCAUUCUGGUCAACAGCCAUCCGGUGCUGAGCAUUCCGCGCCCAACCAUGCGCGGGCUGGUCGAUAUCGGUGGGGCACACAUCCGCGACCCGAAACCACUGCCCGAUGAGCUGCGUAAGUUUAUGGACGAGGCACGGCACGGUGUCAUCUACUUCUCGCUCGGUGCGUACAUGCAGAGUGCGGUCAUGCCGGUGGAGAAGCGUACCGCCAUACUGCGUGUGUUCGGGUCGUUGGAGCAGCGUGUCGUUUGGAAGUUUGAGGAUGACCGGCUUCCCAGCAAGGACAUUCCGCCCAACGUGAUGAUCAGCAAGUGGGCACCGCAGAAUGAUAUACUGGCGCACCCGAACACGGUCCUGUUCAUAUCGCACGGUGGCCAGUUCGGUACGUUCGAGGCGAUGCAUCAUGGCGUGCCGGUGCUGUUCAUCCCAUUCUUUGGCGAUCAGCAUCGCAAUGCGGACCGUGCGAUACGGCAAGGGUUCGCGCAGAAGAUGAGCUUCGCCGACAUUACCGAAGCAAGUUUCGGUGCGACCGUACGCCAUCUGGUGGACGAUAGCAGGUACUACGCGCGCGCGAAGGAAAUAUCGAACCUGUUCACCGAUCGGCUGGUGAAACCGAUGGAUGAAGCGAUCUUCUGGAUCGAGUACACGGCACGACACAAGGGUGCACCGCACCUGAAGUCGAAAUCAAUUCACCUGAACUGGUUGCGGUACCAUUCGUUCGAUAUGGUACUUUAUCCAGCGAUUUUAUGGUUCCUGUGGUCGUGGUUUCGGUCGGGCAGCAAAAAACAAAGACAACGUAACAAGUCGUCCGACAGCCGCAAAAGGCGAUAGAAUGAGACGCACUUUUACGACCACUUGGUUUUUGGUGUAUUUUACGGGUUUUCCUUUCUUUUUGGCUCUACGAAUAAAUUUUUAAACAUAA